AUGGUUGCCCGAGCACAUGGGAAUGCAGCGAAUCGUUUAUCUCAAGGCCAGCACUCUCCACAAGGCGAAAUCAGGCUUCGUUCGUCCCUCGUUACCCAGUCAAUUUACGGUAUAGCGUAAGUCAAAGAUGACCCGAACCCGACUCGGAUCAAACCACACCGAGUUCCUUUAUGCUUUUAUUACUCCGUCCGUCAUAUUGAACACACAACAGCACAUUGGGCAAGGCUGCGGGUUUCAUACGUUGAAGUGUGGGUGUUAUCGAAGGUUGACACGAGCCUGGCGCUCAGUCCGGGACGGGAGGGUGUCAACUAUUCAUCAACUUGUUCGUGGAUUUGUUCAUGAAAAUUUCUGGCCAAGCACGCCUUCGAGAAAGAAAUCAUGGUCCACGCCGAUGCUUCCAACUUUUCUUCCUCACUAAGUAAAGCCGAAGCAUACGCACAGCUACUCUCGUCAUUGACGUCGCUUGUCCAAGACCAGCGGAAUUGGGUUGCGAACACAGCUAAUGCUGCCUCGCUGCUAUGGCACAUGUACCACUCCCUUCCUGCACCGUCAUCAUCUGUGAAUUGGAGUGGGUUCUAUGUCCUUGAUCCUUCCGACCCAGGAAAGCAAUUGAUCCUGGGUCCAUUCAUGGGGAAGGUCGCCUGCCAGACAAUCCGGAUAGGAAAGGGUGUAUGUGGUGCCGCAGCAGAGGGUGAAGGUAGGACUGUCUUGGUCAAAGACGUCGAGGAGUUUCCAGGCCACAUUGCCUGUGAUAGCGAUAGUCGAAGCGAGAUCGUGGUACCUCUUCGAAGUUCUGGGAAGGUUGUAGGUGUCAUCGACAUCGACUGCGCAGAUGUACAAGGAUUCGACCAGGAAGAUCAAAAAGGUCUCGAGGCGAUCGCUGAAUUGCUGGGAAAGUCUUGCGACUGGUGAAACUCGUGGAUUUUGAAUACUCCUGCAUUUCAGCCCUGCAUGCCAUUUUGGGUAUCGAUCCCUUCCAUGUUCUACUGCUCUGUCACAAUCAAAGCAUGUCG